AUGCUCAUCCAAAAGCAAGCUCCGGGUUUUGACAUUCAGGCCUGCAUGCCUGACGACUCCUUUAAGAACGUUAAGCUCUCGGACUACGAGGGAAAAUACGUAGUCUUGUAUUUCUAUCCAGCCGACUUCACGUUCGUCUGUGCCUCCGAAACUAUAGGUUUCCACAACGCGAUGUCCGAGUUCUCGGGCCGCAACUGCGUCGUUCUGGGCGCGUCUUGUGAUACUGCGCACGUGCACAAAGCGUGGAAGAACACUGAGAAGAAGCUGGGUGGCGUGGGGACUAAGAUUAACCAUCCCAUCAUCGCCGAUACUAAUAAGGAUCUGGCUCGUGCGUACGACGUUUUGCUCGAGAACGAGGGCGUGGCUGUUCGCGGUGUGUUCAUCAUUGGUAAGGACGGCCGAGUCCGUGCUGAGAUGAAGAACGAUCUUCCACUUGGCCGCAAUGUCGACGAGGUUAUCCGCGUGCUCGACAGUAUCAUCGAAACUGACGAGCAUGGCGUGGUUUGCCCUGCUAACUGGAAGAAGGGGAAGGACACCAUGAUACCGAGUACAGAUGGGGUUGCUGACUACCUCAUGAAGCACACAUGA